UGGCGAGGCGGCCAUUUUGGAGUCUUCCCGAAGGAGCUGCAACCGGCUUUUCGCGCUGGUGUCGCGGCGGCCUUGCUGGGCAGAAUGAAUGUGAUAGACCACUUGCGAGACAUGGCGGCAGCGGGGCUGCACUCCAACGUGCGGCUCCUCAGCAGCUUGUUACUUACUAUGAGUAAUAACAACCCUGAGUUAUUCUCCCCAUCUCAGAAGUACCAGCUUUUGGUGUAUCAUGCAGAUUCUCUCUUUCACGAUAAGGAAUAUCGGAAUGCUGUGAGUAAGUAUACUAUGGCUUUACAGCAGAAGAAAGCCUUAAGUAAAACUUCAAAAGUGAGACCUUCAACUGGAAAUUCUGCAUCCACUCCACAAAGUCAGUGUCUUCCAUCUGAAAUUGAAGUAAAAUACAAAAUGGCUGAAUGUUAUACAAUGCUAAAACAAGAUAAAGAUGCCAUUGCUAUUCUUGAUGGGAUCCCUUCAAGACAAAGAACUCCCAAAAUAAACAUGAUGCUGGCAAACCUGUACAAGAAGGCCGGUCAGGAGCGACCUUCAGUCACCAGCUAUAAGGAAGUGCUGAGGCAGUGCCCAUUAGCCCUUGAUGCCAUUCUAGGUUUGCUGUCCCUUUCUGUAAAAGGUGCAGAGGUGGCAUCAAUGACGAUGAACGUGAUCCAGACCUUGCCUAACUUAGAUUGGCUCUCUGUGUGGAUCAAAGCAUAUGCUUUUGUGCACAUUGGUGACAACUCGAGAGCAAUCAAUACCAUCUGUUCACUAGAGAAAAAGUCCUUAUUGAGAGAUAACGUGGACCUACUGGGAAGCUUAGCAGAUCUGUACUUCAGAGCUGGAGACAAUAAAAACUCUGUCCUCAAGUUUGAACAGGCACAGAUGUUGGAUCCUUAUCUGAUAAAAGGAAUGGAUGUAUAUGGCUACCUCCUGGCACGAGAAGGGCGGCUGGAGGAUGUGGAGAACCUUGGCUGCCGCCUUUUCAAUAUUUCUGAUCAACAUGCAGAACCCUGGGUGGUCUCUGGGUGUCAUAGCUUCUAUAGCAAACGCUACUCCCGAGCCCUCUAUUUAGGAGCCAAGGCCAUUCAGCUGAACAGUAAUAGUGUUCAAGCUUUGCUACUUAAGGGAGCAGCACUUAGAAACAUGGGCAGAGUCCAAGAAGCAAUAAUCCACUUUCGGGAGGCUAUACGUCUUGCACCUUGUCGCUUAGAUUGUUAUGAAGGUCUCAUCGAAUGUUACUUAGCCUCCAACAGUAUUCGUGAAGCCAUGGUAAUGGCUAACAAUGUUUACAAAACUCUAGGAGCAAAUGCACAGACCCUUACCCUUUUAGCCACCGUUUGUCUUGAAGACCCAGUGACACAGGAGAAAGCCAAAACUUUAUUAGAUAAAGCCCUGACUCAAAGGCCGGACUACAUUAAGGCUGUGGUGAAAAAAGCGGAACUGCUUAGCAGAGAACAGAAAUAUGAAGAUGGAAUUGCUUUGCUGCGGAACGCACUAGCUAAUCAGAGUGACUGUGUCCUGCAUCGGAUCCUAGGAGAUUUCCUUGUAGCUGUCAAUGAGUAUCAGGAAGCAAUGGACCAGUAUAGUAUAGCACUAAGUUUGGACCCCAAUGACCAGAAGUCUCUAGAGGGGAUGCAGAAGAUGGAGAAGGAGGAGAGUCCCACGGAUGCCACUCAGGAGGAGGAUGUGGACGACAUGGAAGGGAGUGGGGAAGAAGGGGACCUGGAGGGCAGCGACAGUGAGGCGGCCCAGUGGGCUGACCAGGAGCAGUGGUUCGGCAUGCAGUGAGGCAGGCACAGCUCCGUGGCCACACUGGCCUGCCCUGCUCUGAGCACUUCCAUGGACUGAAGGAACCUGUAGGAGCCCGCUCUCUGGGAGGACAAUGAUUCAGCAUGUGAUUGCAGCAGGGGUCUCUGCCCCUUGCUCCAUAUUUCUAGUAGUGACUUCAUUUUUAAAAACUGAGCCUGACCAACCUUCCAUAUAUCUCCAUCCUCCUCUGCUCCAGUCAGGGAGGACCAAGUGAGCCCUCAGAGGCCCGUGGACAUGUCGGGGCUUCUGGGACAGAGUGCUUUUUAUAGAACUAACUUCUAAAUCUGAAAGCUCGAGGAAUAGACAGUGUUUUGUCUGUGAUGUUGUGGAUGGGUUUAAAGGAGCGACCUGUUCCCUAGAGCAAGAGUGUCAUCUCCCAGCAGCAGCAUGGACUGGCCCUUUCAGAGAGGGUUUCCUGUCCCAGAAAUCAUUAUCCUGGGUUGUCCAAACUUCCCUAGUAACCUUGCUUCCUUCUGCAAUGUUAGUAAUGCCUUAAGCUGACAGUUGCUGUUUUGCAGAACAGUUUUCCUAUUUGCUAAUCUGGUAACUUGCCUUUGAGCCUGGGCUGAAUCUGAGAAACAACUGUGACCUAGAGCAUGAACAGAGGCGCAGUUGGGGUAAUUAAUAAAACUGUUUUUUGUACAGUAAUGGUGUUGGGUUGGUCAGAAUGGAAACCCUUUAUAGAUUCUUUUUUUUGGUCUCUUAUUUACAGUGCAUUGAUUCAGCUCUAGAAGUAUUUGCCAUAAAUAGACUCCCUUUUUCUCAGAGUGCUGGGAGCUGGGAGGAUUGGGAACCUCAGGUAACACUGAGCUGGUUCAUCCAUUUGCAUUUUUGAUUGGUAAAUUCCUGGGGAGAGUCUUUGGCCAGAUUUUAGACUGAUUCUGCCUGUCUCUGUCAGGGGCGCUGAGGUCGGUGUCUGGUUUCAGCAUUCUGUUGUGGAGUCAGCAGGGGGCUCAUUCCCUGGGCUCGUGUGCUGGGAGACUACCCACCCUUUCCCCCUUGUUUAAUAUGUGAUGCUUUUGGAGGUGAAUGUAGUGGGGGGUGUCGCAGCUAACCCCAGAUUCUCAUUAAAAUUAGAGGUGGUACAAAA